GGCGAAGCUGUCGUUUCAGUGACUGAGAAAGGGAGCUUCACUUAGACACUAGAACGAGGACUGUCAGUCCAUCGCUCGCCGCCAGCAGGAAUCAGCACAGCGUGCAUAACAACUAUCAGCUGACAUCAUCCCGCUGAGGCCAUCCAUUUCUUGCUGGCCUUCUACCAAUUUAAAGCUUCGCAUGCCUUUACUAUCCACAAACCACUGGCAAUGGAAAAUUUUAGAGUCGAACGGCACAAGCAACGGCAGGCAUAUGCAGAGAGCUAGAGAGGCUUGAGAUGGAGGGUCCGGAGGGAUCAAGCAGAGAAGCACCCAGAUGGUACCUUCGCAGGGGAGAUGACACCGCUGCCUUCCUGCAGGUGUUUGUCUUCAGCUCAGGAAGACUGCGGUCUCAUCUGCUGCGCAGGUUUGAUUACAUUCAAAAGCAACAUUCAGAAAUUCUAAAAUGGAAUCAUAAUCCAUGGCCAACCGCUGCAGCACAACAAACACGGCUGCUACAAAUCCAGACUUCAAAUUGGCGGCAAAUCAGGCUGAGAACGACCCAACAAAGGCCCCUCAACUGCCUCUAUAUAAGGCUAUACGCUCACGCAACUGUUUGCUUCUUGUUCCUCGCUGCUGCUGGUAGUUACAUCUACCGUUGGCGGCCCUGA